GACUUGUUUGUAUCUGCAGAAUGUGGCGGGCCGGCCCGGGCCUCAGCGGCGCCUACGCAGGUUUUCUUUUAGCUUCUGAAAUCUAUUUAAUUCAGUGAUUCAUUCAUGCUCAAGCACCUACCGUGUGUUUGACUGAAAGCCAAAAUACACGGGUUGCCUGGUCCAGGACCGACGCCUAGCCAACCUCCUAACUUGGAGCUUCAGAGCCAUGGCAGCAAAGGAGACAACCAAAGCAGAGUCGGCCCACUCAUCAGCCAAUGGAAGCAAGCAAGCAUCUGAAAACCCAAACUAUACUCUCAAAUUUACUCUGGUGGGACAUACGGAAGCAGUGUCAUCAGUUAAGUUUAGUCCUAAUGGAGAAUGGCUAGCAAGUUCUUCUGCUGAUAAAGUAAUUAUAAUUUGGGGAGCCUAUGAUGGAAAAUAUGAGAAAACACUUUAUGGUCACAAUUUGGAAAUAUCGGAUGUUGACUGGUCAUCAGAUUCCAGUCGUCUUGUUUCUGCCUCAGAUGAUAAAACUCUAAAGAUUUGGGAUGUGAGGUCUGGAAAAUGUCUGAAAACGCUGAAAGGGCACAGUAAUUAUGUUUUCUGCUGUAAUUUCAAUCCACUAUCUAACCUUAUAAUUUCAGGCUCUUUUGAUGAGAGUGUGAAAAUAUGGGAGGUGAAAACGGGAAAGUGCCUCAAGACUCUAUCUGCUCAUUCUGAUCCAGUUUCUGCUGUUCAUUUUAAUUGUAGUGGGUCCUUGAUAGUAUCAGGUAGCUAUGAUGGUGUCUGUAGAAUCUGGGAUGCUGCAUCAGGUCAGUGUUUAAAAGCACUUGUUGAUGAUGAUAACCCUCCUGUAUCUUUUGUAAAAUUUUCUCCAAAUGGUAAAUAUAUUCUGAUGGCGACUUUGGACAAUACUCUUAAAUUAUGGGAUUAUAGCAGAGGCAGAUGCCUGAAGACAUACACUGGCCAUAAGAAUGAGAAAUACUGCAUAUUUGCCAAUUUUUCGGUUACUGGUGGAAAGUGGAUUGUGUCUGGUUCAGAGGAUAACCUGAUUUACAUUUGGAACCUUCAGACAAAAGAGAUUGUACAGAAAUUACAAGGGCAUACAGAUGUUGUAAUCUCAGCAGCUUGUCAUCCUACAGAAAACAUCAUUGCAUCAGCAGCAUUAGAAAAUGACAAAACAAUUAAACUGUGGAUGAGUGACUACUGAACCCUUUAGAGUCGAGCCAAGUUGGCAAAAAAAGAUAUUUAAAAAGAUGGUUUCUCUUAAUUUUGGUAUAGUUUUGUAUUUUUAAAUAUUUUCUUGGAUUAUACGAUUUUAAGACCUAUAACCUGAAUUUACAAAAAGCAAGACAGUUGGAAAAGCAAGUCUAGAACCUAGGGCUUCUGACUUUUCAUCCCAAGGUCUGUUAUUAAUCUCUUGUGUCUGUCCCUGAACAGAUUUCCAUUCUAUUCCUCUCGGCUAUUCUAGAGGAUGAGUGUAUUUGAGAAAUAAUUAGAAGUAAGAUUCACAAGACAGGAGGAUGACUGACUAAAUGAGGGGAACAAAGAAGUUUGGAAUAACUCCAAGGUUUUUGGUUUGGGAGAUUAUAUGAAUAAGAGCAUAAGCUUGGGAUGGUGGUGGAUUGGAAAUGUUAUGUCAGAUGCCACUCAAACACUUUAUGUGACAGCCUACAUGAUGAGACAUGACAUGGUCCAUGAAAUCAAGUCUGUAAACUGGAAAACAAAAGUCAUGGUUAGGUUUGUUCUAGAGACUAAACAUUAUAAAUGACAUUUUACUGAAGGACCUCUCAGUGUCUUGCCAGAUUGUGCCUGUAUGAUUUUCAAGCAAGCUAAAUGUCUGAAUGGUGAGGCUUUCCUCUUUCAUUAUGUGUCUGACCUAGAAACUACCCAUGCUUCAAAUUCAGUUGAGAAAUCAUUUCGUGGAGUCAUCACUGCUUGCCUGACUCUAACCAUAGCUGACAGCUGAGUUAGGUUUUCUUGUUUUUUUCUAUAGCUUCUGUUUUAUAAAGUUUCAAAAUAUGUUAUUUACCAGUUUGUAUUGUAAUGGUUUUAUGGGCCAUGUUUCCAGUAAAUUAUGAGCUCCAUGGAGUCAAAAGUAUGUUUUAUUCAUCUUUGUAUUUCCAGUUUUUGUAUGUAGAAGGGGCUUAAUGUUUGAGGAAUGACAAUGAAUUAUACUACCACUUCAUUCAUUCCUUGUCUGCUUUCAAUAAAUUUUUAGAACCAA